AUGACAACUAUUAUGCAUAGGAUUUUCCUUCUUUACAAUUUCCUAAAUUCAUUUGUAUCACCCUCCUCUUCUUCUUCAAGGGGCCUUAUUAUUACAAAGAGAAUAAUAAUGGACCCAACAGAACUCAAGCGUGUUUUCCAGAUGUUUGAUCGUAACGGUGAUGGAAGAAUCACCAAGAAGGAGCUCAACGAUUCGCUUGAGAAUCUUGGCAUAUUCAUCCCCGACAAGGAGUUAACGCAGAUGAUUGAGAAGAUCGAUGUAAACGGAGAUGGGUGCGUGGACAUUGAUGAGUUUGGUGAUUUGUACCAGUCGAUUAUGGAUGAACGUGAUGAAGAGGAGGAUAUGAGGGAGGCAUUCAACGUCUUUGACCAAAAUGGAGAUGGGUUCAUAACCGUUGAAGAGUUGAGAGCGGUUUUGGCUUCACUGGGGUUGAAACAAGGAAGAACGGUCGAAGAUUGUAAGACGAUGAUAAUGAAGGUGGAUGUCGAUGGAGAUGGGAUGGUGGAUUAUAAGGAGUUCAAGCAAAUGAUGAAAGGGGGUGGCUUCAGUGCUCUCAGUUAAUUAAAUCUAUGCAGUCAGUGUUUCGCUUUUAAUUAACCAUAAGUUGUAAAUAUAUGUUUCUGGGGGCAACAACAUAGGAUAAGGAUGCAGACCAAGAUGAAUCACACCCACGAUGCAUGUCAUGUCUUUUGGAACAAGUAUGCGUUGAGGCUUUUUUUUUUUGGGGGAGGAAGGCCAUUUGAAUCGGGGCUAUUGUUAUUGUGACAUGAUGUGUUUGUGUUUUUUCUCUUUUCUUUUUCUUUUUCAAGUUUUGAGAGAGUUGAGAAAGGUUGAUUAUGUUCUCACUCUGUAAAACUGUUUAAUGAUUUUUUUUUUAUUUUUUUUUUUGUUAAUUUUGAUAUUCUCGUUCUCAUUGAUGUUUUAAUGUAUUAGUAUCUCAUAUU